GGCUCAGGGCAGGUUGUGGGGGACCCUUCGGCAGACCGAGGAGCCGGGAUCGAACCAUUAUUUCUUGAAGCUUCGCUAUUGGCUGGCUGCCUUCACUAAGAUCGGCAACGGGAAUCUCGGACGCCGAUCUCAUUAAUCCAUUUCUAUGCGUGGGACGGGAGCUUUACUUGCGUCACUCUGGAGAAAAAGUGUUCACGUCGCAAAGUCACAUUGCAUCCACCUACCAUAAGUCCAUCUCCAACGCAGACUUCGAACGAUAAUGGCAGCGGCGGCGGCGGCACAGACGGUCGCUAUACCAGGCCAGCUCCUCGGUCCGUCAAACAAAUACAGCGCCGGCGCGGGAACACACAUCCACGAAUCGAGCCUCUACUCCUCACUGCUGGGCACCGUCAGCAUCACGCAGCCAGAAAAGACAGCCGGGCCUGCAAAACGCAUGCACCGCAUCGCAGCUCUGAAUACGCCAAGCGCCUCAUCCAACUCAAGCACUCUUCCAACUAUAUCCGUCUCUCCAGCGAAUAGCAGCACGGCUGAGCAGCAGGACAAGCGUGAGGUUCUCCCCGAAGUCGGUAAUAUUGUCUUGUGCCGCGUGACACGGAUUACACCACGGGAGGCCACAGUCUCGAUCCUCAUUGUUGGCGAUGCGGUUCUAUCUGCGCAGUGGCAGGGCGUAGUGCGCGUACAAGAUGUGCGCGCCACGGAAAAAGACCGCGUCAAGAUCUAUGAAAGCUUCCGACCCGGCGAUAUCGUGCGCGCGCAAGUGAUAUCAUUAGGUGACCAAGCCAACUACUACCUCUCGACAGCAAACAACGAACUCGGUGUAAUAAUGGCCACAAGUGAGGCAGGCAACACCAUGUUUCCUGUUAGCUGGAAAGAAUACAAGGAUCCUGAGACAGGUUUAAGUGAGAGUCGAAAAGUUGCCAAACCGUUUUGAGGGACAGUUGGGCGAGACUGAGAUUCGGCACUACUAACUAUACAGCGACAAGCCGUGCUGGAAACGAGAAUAUGGCGUCAUUGCGUUCAUGUUACGGAGCGCACCAAUAGAAGCAUGGGCCAUAGUAUUCUUAUAUAAAUGGCAGCAUGUGAUAGGGCGAGUUUGUCUUCAGCUGUCAGAGCUGGGCAAAGUUCAAAUCCUCACACGAACAGCAACAGACGAACAAAGGAUAUCAUCUCCCGGGAUCCGGUUUACGGAAAGACGAAUAUUUACGUCUCAAACUGACCGCAAUAUCAUCAUCGGUCUUUUCGGUGAGAAACUUCGAGGCAGUUACCUGGUGACAAAGAUACAUUCUAAAAGACUAUGAAGCAUAAUCAUCUAAUACCUUUUAUGCCCACUCAUGUCUCAAUACUGGCGUAUCCGAGGCGGCGGCAGCAGUAGAGUCGCCAUUUGCCCUAAUUUAAUGCUUCGCCAUGAAGGUACUGAGUUGCAUACCUACAAAAGUACAUGGUGCCACUCAGAGUGGAUAACCAAGAAACAUAGCAAUUGACGGAGCCAAAGUCAGGUCUGAUAAGUCUUGAAUAGCACCAAUGUGAAUUGCGCCCCGGGAAAAGAUAUAAUGGACUUAGCAUCAUAUAUAGGAAUACAUCUUUUUAACAAGAAACAAGGC